CAUUAAACCUGUUUCCAUGUUUUUUAAACCAUGUCAGAUCCUGGAGUUAGUUUAGUGAAUCCUGGGGGAAGUAUCAACUUUGAUGCUCAGAUUGUUACUGCCCAAGGCAAACAAGAAGAAGAAGAAGAUGCUGAAGAAGCUAGGAAGAAAGAAAGAGAACUUCAAGAUCUGCUGACUACAGCUUUUGAUGACUUGAUUGAUGAUGAUCCAGAGGAUGGUGAAGGAAGUGGGUUUUCAGAUUACCAUCCAGUUAUUGAUGAGAGUGCUGGGUACCUUCAACCAUCAGACAACCAGUGGCCAUAUAACAUGAAUCAUGAGAUAUCACCACAGCACAGGGAUCAUUCUCCAUCUUACACGAGAUACUAUCCUCAAGGUUAUCAUUUAGCUGAAGGAUCACCAGAAGAUGAACAUGUAGUUUCUCAACAAAGUCUACUUGAACCAGGUGGUAGCUAUGAAAACCAUCAUUCCUUGUCUGAGAGAAGGCAGGCUGGAAGACAAGAUGGGGAUGGAUAUUUCAUAAGUGAAAACAGUGCGAGUAAUGAAGGGCAGCAAUGCGUAGAACAGAUUGUGUUAGAUAACAAUGAAAGUGAUUUAUUAGAAUAUAGAACUAAUGAAAACCAUAUGGCAGAUACACUUAACAAUCUCAAAUCCAGUGACAUGUGUAGUCGUUUUGAAAUGAAUGGGUUUACAGAAGAAAAUCAUGAGGAAGAAGACCUUUUGAUCAGUAACUUAGGAACAAGACAGAAUGAUGAAGAUAACCAACAGUUAGCCAUUCUUUAUCAAAAUGAAAGAAAUUUUAACAUGCAUGAAAAAGUUGAUUACAUUAGAAGAAAUGGUACAGGAGAAGAAAGAAGUGGCUCAUUUGGUGAUGGGGACAAAUUCCAACUUUUGCCAGGUGAAAGAGAACAGAAUGAGCUGCUUCAACUUCAAAUACUGUACAAAGCACGGAGCCGCGAACUUCAACAGGUUACUUCCGAGUUGGAACAGUUCAAAGAAGAUGCUUCCAGAGAAAUUCGCAUUCUUAAACAUCAGAUAACUCUGCUGCAAGGAGAUAAGGAAGGUUUGUCCUUUAGUCUACAACAGGCUCAACAACUAUUGGCAGAUAAAGAGGAAGAAAACAGAUCCCUAGAGGGAAUUAAGAUAGCACAGGAAACUCAGCUGGAAAAUGAAAAUCAAGCUAAACAAGAGCUUAUAAGAAAACUUCAAGUUCAAGAAUCUACCAUUGACUCCCUUCAACAGCAGCUGGCAGAUCUUGGCCGGUCUGAGAGUCUGGUGCGAGCACGUGAACAACAUGAUUCAGUUUUGAAUACCUUGAAACAGAGACACAUGGAGGAAACACUGGAGCUUAAAGAGGAAGUUGACAAGUGUAAACAUCAGCUAGAAGCUCAGACAGAGAAAGCUGUGAUUUUGCAACAGAAGCUUGAUGAUCAAGGAAGAAUUUAUGAAAAAACUAUUUUAGAGAAAGCAGAGACCAUUACUAGACUUACAAUGAACCUCAAAACUAGUCAACAGCAGUGCCAGGAACUUCUAGAAAGUGGUACAGUUCAAGAACUAAGUCGAUUAAAAAACCAAUUGAAACUUGUUGAAGAGGAAAAAGACAACUUGGAAAAAAAAUUGAAAGAUGCUAUGGAGGAACUAAACAACUUGAAGGUUGAGGUGGAAAAUUAUGAAAGUCUCUCCAGAUUGGGAGUAUUUAGUGGAUCUGGACUUGAUGGUGCAGAGGAUUCAAUCAUUCAAUUAGGACUCAUUAAACGACCUGGAAAAAGUUUACAGAACAGAGAUGAUGUUCUUACUAAUCUGAAAGCUGAAUUAGAACGUUGUUUAACAAACGUGCGGACACGAAGACUUCAAGCAGCAAAUCUACAAACAGAACUCACUCAAGCUGCCAAGGAAGUAAAUCGAUGGCAAGAGAGAGCAGAAAGUGCAGAGCAGAAAGCUGCCAAAGCUGAAGAAAAAAUUCCAAUGUUAGAGAGGAGAUUAGAAGAGCUCUGUCCAAAUGGAUCUGUGCCUUUAGGUCAGCAUCAGAAAAUGGUAAAAGAUUUACAAGAACAAAAAGAUGGCCUCGAGAGAGAGUUAGAAGAAUUAAAAGAUAGGUUACAGUAUGUAUGUCACAGUGAAGAACAGCUUACUGAAAUGAAUCAGCAGUUAAAAAAUCAGAUGUCUCAAAUGUUGAUAGACCAUGAUGAAGACAAACAAGAAGCUGUAAUGAGGUGCAGAGAUGAAUAUUCUCAAAGGCAUCAUGACUCUGUACAAAAAUUGGAACAACAACUGAUAAAGAUGGCUGAAAAUGAGAAGGAAAAAUUACAGCAAGAAUAUGAAGGAAAAAUAAAAGAAUUAACUAAUCACAUCCGAGAUCUUGCCACAGCACUGGAUGAUGUUAAAAAUCUCUAUGUGAAAGUGUGUCAUGAAAAAGAGUUUGUGGAAAACCAAGUUCUUGAUCUACAAGAGAAGCUCCAGAAAGCUAACCAAGAAAAAGGAUUUUCUGAAGAUAGUCAACCAAAUGAAAAGUGGAAAGUCAUGCUUCAAAAUGCAAAAGAAGAAUGGUUGAAAGAAGCUGAAAAAGUAUACACAAAAAGAUUAGAAACAGAGUUAGCUAAAUCAGAGGAAAAGUGGAAUGGAGAAUAUAAAGAAACCUGGCAGAGAAUCAAGAUAGAAGAGGAAGAAGUAGCUCUAAGAAAGAAGCUAGAAGAAGAACUGCACAUGCAAUAUGAGCAGGAGAAGCAGAAAGCAGUAGAGGAGGUUCAGCUGGAAUAUGAAACAAAAUGGACACACUGUAAAUAUAAUUUACAACAUCUUUAUGAAGCUAGGGUAGAAGAAAUUGUGCAUCAGAAUGCUAAGUUCUUAACAGGAAAAGUUGCAGAAAUACAAGCUGAGAUGGAAAAAAAACAGAAUAGCAAUUGUGAUAAAGAUGUCCAGACUGAUUUAACUACUGAUAGUGAUCAUGGAAGAAAUCGGGAGUUGAUAACAAUUGAAAAGGAACUCUUGAAGUUUCAAAAUAUAGAAAAGGAUCUGAAAGAGAAAAUCAAGAAAUAUCAGAAACGUUUGUUAUCUUCUGAGAAAAAACAUGAAGGUGAAAUCAAGAAGCUGAAGGAAGAAUUUUCAAAAGUUGUGGUUUGUCUGAAAAAAAAAGUGAUAGAGCUUCAGUCUCAAAAUGAAAUAAAAAUUGAGGCAAGAACUGAAGAAGUUAAAAAGCAACAUUUUUCUGUUAGAGAUGAAAUACAGUAUGAGUCUGAAAAGAAACAAAUGAUAAGAAAAUUAGAUGAUAAGGAGUCACAAACUGAACAGAGAAGGACUUUAGAUCCUAUUGCAGUGAAAGAAAAAUGUUUAGAAGUGGUUCAGAAGAUAUUUGGUGAAUUUAGUGAUUAUAUUACUGAAUCUAAUCACCGUAUGGCUGUAAGACUUCAAAGAACUCUCAUGAUUUAUCAUUAUCACUUAAUAAGUAAACUUGCUGCUACAGCUGGUCUCAACUCUCAUGUGUCUGAACUACAGCCUUUUCCUGCACAACUUGCAAAAGUUUAUGAAAGUACUUCAGAAAUAAAAAAUCUGUUACCUUCCACCAAAUUUGUUGCAUCUGUUAAAACAGUUGAAUGUGGAAAUGGACAGAAAAGUAAAGUGAUGGUAUGCAACUCUAGAGAGCCUGUUGAUAAAUCAGGAGCAUCAGAGGCUAAUACAUCAUACUCUUCACCUCCUCAGUACCAUUCACCACAGAGCAUUAUACAAGAAGCAAUCAAAUCUCUUGAUGAUGAUGGGAAGGGUACUAAGUACAAGAACUUUUUAAAGGGUAUUCAGAAAUAAAGUUCUAAUUAUAUAUUUGUAAUAUGUCUAGAAGAUAUUGUUUCUCUGGAAUAUGUUGUAAAACAGUUUUUAACUAUUCAGCUCAUAAUGGUGGUAAGAAAUUCAUAUUUUCAUAAGAGACAUUUUUAACGUAAUUUAAAGUGCAUUUAUUAAUUAACACAUAUUUAAGGACAAACAUAAUAUACUUUCCUGUAUGAUAACAUCUUGUGACAUUAACAUUGCCACCUAGAAAUAAUAGUGUCUAUUUCACCUACCCUUAAUACAAAAACUUUGCAAUUAUCAUAAGUUAACAUGUAUAAAUUGGUAUAUGUACAUAUCAUUUGAGUAAUUAUUACUGUUUUAUACAUACAGACACAUUUUCUGUGACUAAUUCUUGCUGUUCUGUUGGUAGAGUACAUUUUUUGUGUUCUAUGUGUAUAGAAAUUUCUUGUGACUGAUUCUUGCUUUUUUGCUGUUUUCUUGGUAUAAGUACUAAUUGAUGUUGUUUAGGUACAGAUUCUAUUGGUUACUAUUGCAUUUAAACAAAAGACACUUGUUUUUAGUGUUUCAAAGCCUUAAAAGUGAGAUUUUGAUUAACUGAUAUGUGCAACAGUAAGUUGCAUUUUGAACAACACAUAUUAAUUUGUGUUAUGGCUAUGUUACAUAUAGAAGCUUACUUGUGUUUUCCUGUCCACAUUGUAUGGUAUUAGGAUAUCGUAUGUAUAGUAUAUACAGUUAUUAUUGUUGUUUAUCAGUUAAAUUGAAGAUCUGAAAUUUCAAGCUAAUGAUUUGUACUUAUAAAAUAAAAAGCUUUUAAAAAACACAGAGCAAAAUAAUUUAACUCUGUGUAUGAAGGAAAAUAUUUUAAUUUAUGGUGAAUUAUAUGUGGAAACUGUCUUUCAAGGUGAUUAAUUAUUUUUUAUAAAGGUCUUCAGAUGGAAUGUAUUUCCAGUUCACACAUUAUAUUAAAACACUUUCCACUAAUGAAAAAUCCAGUAUUUUACACACAAAGCUGAACCAAGCUGUUUUUGUUUGAUUUUGAAAGGUUCUGUGUCUAGCUGGAUUGUUGUUCCCAGUAGCUGUUUGUUUCAUUAGAACCACAGCUUAUAUCUGUCUAGCAUAAUAUUCACGUUUUCUGUUUUUGUUUGAGUUUAAAAGGUUCUGUGUGUAGCUAGGUUGUUGUUGCCUGGUAGCUGUUUGUUUCAUUGGAACCACAGCUUAUAUCUGUGUAGCCUAAUAUUCAGGUUUUUGCUUUUAAAUGUACAUCCUCUUGACUUACAAAUAUUAAUUUAAGAAACUCGUAACUAUAAUUGUAUUAUUAUUUAAUGUUACUUGUAAUUAAUGAUGAGAUGAAACAUUUUAAAAUGUUCCACCUCUUUUCGUUUUUUUCAACAUUCAACUCAAUCUCAUCAGUAUCUUGUUUUGCUUACAUCUUCUUGAAACAAGCAUUAUUUGCUUUAUAAAGUAACGUAUAUUUAUGUAUUCCUUAAUGUGGUUCCUGACAAGCAUUACAUUUUCAAUGAAACAAGGUACAUUAUUAUUUUAAACUUUUCAUUCAUUUGCAUGUGUUGAAAAUAG